UGGGGGAAAAUAUUCAAAGCCUUCCACCUCCUCUCAACCACACACACACACACACACACACACACACACACACUUCUAGAGCGCACUGUGAAAACUUUCCCCUGCAACUGCUGAAUAGGUUAGUGCCUGCGACAGGACAGCGCCGAGUGGGAAGAGACAGUGAAAGCGGAACGCAUAGCCGGUUACUAGCUGCCUGGGGUUCGGGAAUGGCGGAUAGUCGGAAUGGUCCAUUCCCUCCUUCCGAACCGCACAUGUGAACCGAACCCCGUCUCCUGCGGGUCGAUUUUGUUACGUAUUAGGAGGCAAAGGACAGUAAAGAGCGAGAAAGAGACGAUUGACGUAUCUAAGACAGCCUGUCGACACCACUCUCCUCUCAUCUCGAGAUGGUCUGCGCGCCAGGACAUCGAUGGUUCCUACUUACCGCUCUCUUGCACGCUGUUGCACCCCUGGACAUCCGCGAGAGACCAAGGCAAUGUGACCCACCGAAGUCGCAAAGUGACAUGAACUCAUUCCUCUGGACAGUGAAGCACCCAGCUCCCUACCCUCCAUCCUAUCUUUUCGGGACCAUCCAUGUUCCCUACACCCGUGUAUGGGACUUUAUCCCAGACGUCUCCAAACGGGCCUUCAAGACCAGCGCCAACGUAUUCUUCGAGCUGGACCUGACCGACCCCCUGACUAUCUCCAAGCUGACCAGCUGCCAGCUGCUGCCCCACGGGGAGAACCUGCAGACCCUGCUGCCCCGGGACCUAUAUCGCCGCCUCAAACGCCACCUGGACUAUGUUAAGCACAUGAUGCCCUACUGGAUGACGGCGGACCAGCGGGGCCGGGGGCUGUACGCUGACUACCUCUUCAAUGCCAUCGCAGGGAAUUGGGAGAGGAAGAGGCCUGUGUGGGUGAUGCUGAUGGUCAACUCUCUGACGGAAUCAGACGUGAGGUCGCGGGGAACCCCCGUACUGGACCUGUUCCUGGCCCAGGAGGCCGACCGCAUGGGGAAGAGGACAGGAGCGGUGGAGCGGGUGGAGGAGCAGUGUCACCCCCUCAACGGACUCAACUUCUCCCAGGUGCUGUUUGCCCUGAACCAGACCCUGCUGCAGCAUGAGAGUGUAAGAGCAGGCAGUCUGCAGGGCUCCUACACCACCGAGGACCUCAUCACACACUACAACUGUGGAGACCUCAGCUCCAUCAUCUUCAACCAUGACACCUCACAGCUCCCUCACUUCAUCAACAGUUCCCUGCCGGCCCAUGAGAAGACCACGGCACUUCAGAUUGACAACUACUUCCGCCAGGAGCUCAUCUACAAACGCAAUGAGCGAAUGGCACGCCGCAUCUCCGCCCUCAUCCAGCGAAACCCCUCCCAGACCUUCUUCUUUGCUUUUGGUGCAGGUCACUUCCUGGGGAACCACAGUGUGUUGGACAUCCUGAGACAGGAGGGCUACAAGGUGGUGCACACACCAUCACACUACCAGGAACCAAUCACAGAUUCUUUGUCCCACAGAGAACCAACAGAAAGCCCCAGCGAUGGGGGCUCCGAUGCGGGUACAGUCUCUCCGUCUGACUGGGUGACCAGUCCCUCAGACCUGGAUGAUGGGCUGGAGGGGCUGGAGGAUGAGGAGCUGCCCCACAUGCUGCUGCCAGACAGCCUGAGCCAGCUGGAGGAGUUUGGGAGACACAAGCGCCCCCGGAAGGCCCACCGUGGUCACAGCCGCCCCCGCCUCUUCAGUGACCUGUGGGUCCGCAUUGGUGACAGCACCACACCUCCUCAGCCUAAUGUGAGAAUAACCAAUGGCUACGUGACAGUGGAGCCCGCCCUCACCCACCAAGAGCAGCGCAGGAGGGCAGACCUCUACCCCUCCAUGGAGGCCCCCAGCAAGGCUUCCCCCUCUGCCCUGCCCACCCCCAGCUCAGCCCAGCCCAACACUGGCACCACCCACUCUCUCACCUACCUGCUAACAUUGCUUAUCACUUACCUGCUGUUCACCUCCUGACCACACAGUGGAGCUGUCUCUACACACACACACUGACUGUCUCCAUACCUGAAUGAGCAUUGUUAUGUGCCAUAAUCCUAGAACAUACAAAGAUCUACAUAUAAAGAUUCUGCAAACGGGAACUGGAGGUGGAUAUUAACUGCUAUGGGCAUGGAACAUACAUUACACAGAUCACCAGACCCGACCCGACCCGACCGACAGACAGACAGACAGACAGACAGACAGACAGACAGACAGACAGACAGACAGACAGGGACCUCUGAGACAGACCGGUCCGUCUUCAGGCUCCUGUGAAGCGAGAUGCAACAGUCUGUGAAAAGUUAUUUAAACUCACACUGUGUGGAAUAAGCUUUUACCCAUGAUAAAAUGGAUGAACGGUCUAUCAGACAUCUAAUGGAAGAUACUAUAUGACAUCUAUAUUAUGAAGUUGUCAGUUGUAGAGGCUGAGUCUUUAAACCUCAAGAAAAAAAUAUGAUAGAAUAAUGAGUAUAGCACAAGGUCUGGAACUCUCAGAGGAGUCUAGAGAGGUGUCAAACCACCUUAAAUUAAAUAUUAUUAUGAAUAAUAUUGAUAUUAAUGAUGAUAGACAUACUAAUGACAAUAUUAACAGCUAUAACUGUAAUAAGGUCUAAUAUCUAAUAGACAUAGGACGAGGCACACAGUGGAAGUUUUUGUAAAUUGUGCAUUUUGUUUAUAAAAAAAAAUAUUGUAUAUUUAUUAUUUCUCUAAGAGUAUAUUUUAUUGCAUUUGAUCAUUACUUAAAAAUAAACGUUUGGAAAUUC